AUGGCAUCUAAAACCUUUCCACGGCGUAAACUCGGAAAGAAUGGCCCACUUGUUUCGGCGAUGGGCUUUGGAUUAAUGGUCCUGUCAGGAGCCUACGGUGAUGCUCCUAGCGAAGAGGAACAGUUCAAGGUCUUAGAUCGGGCAGUCGAGCUGGGAGAAACAUUCUGGGAUACCGCUGAUAUUUACUUCAACAAUCUAGAGAUCCUGGCCAAAUGGUUCAAACGCACUGGGAAGCGCGAUGAGAUUUUCCUUGCUUCUAAAUUCGGACUCAUUAUGGACGAAAAGGUAAAUAUGAAAGGCAUUGACAGCUCUGCCGAAUAUUGCAAAAAGGCGUGCGAGGAGAGCCUUAAGAGACUCGGUGUCGACUGUAUUGACUUGUAUUAUGUGCAUCAUAUCAACAAGAACACCCCUAUUGAGGAAACCAUGCGAGCAAUGGUCGAGCUCCAAGGAGAGGGCAAGGUCAAACACAUUGGGCUAUGCUCGGCCACUUCGAGCACCCUUCGCCGUGCUUGCAAGGUUGCACCCGUAGCUUGCGUGCAAGUCGAGUACUCUGCUUUCGUACUUGAUAUCGAAAAUGAAGCCAGCACCAACCUCCUUCAAACCUGCCGCGAACUAGGGGUGGCUGUUGUAUGCUUUGGGCCUAUCGGCCGAGGCCUCCUAACCGGUGCCGUGACAAGUACUGAAGCCGUAGCUGGCUCGAGCGAUAUCCGUACCAAGUGGGUUCCCCGCUUCCAAGAGGAGAAUAUGAAGAAGAACCUCAAGGUGGUCGAUCAGCUGAAGAACAUUGCGAGUAAGAAGGGGUGCACACCCUCGCAGCUGGCAAUUGCCUGGGUUCUCAAGCAGGGCGAUGACAUUAUACCGAUCCCCGGAACCAAGAGAAUCAAGUAUCUGGAAGAAAACCUGGCUUCGGUCAAGGUAGAGCUUAGUGAUGAAGAGGAACUUGAGAUCCGAAAAAUUGUUCAGGAAGGCGACAUCGGGGGCUUUGAAACCAGUCCCCACACCUUUGUAGACACAAAGGAGGAAGCCUAG